GGGAGAUGCGGGAGGGGACCCUGGGGCCUGGGUCCGCAAAAGCUACCUGCCCUCCCCCUACUUUAUCUAUUACACGAAUAAACGCAGAGGAGGGGGAGGGGAAGCUUUAUUUAUAGAAAUGAAAAUAGGGAGCCAGGCGAGGCCCCCCAGAAGCAAGGUUCAAGUCUCUUGCUUUCUUCCUUAAAAAGAAGAAGAAGAAGAAGAAGAAAAAGAAGAAGAAGGAAGAAAGAAAAAGACAGAAAGAGAAAUAGGAGGCUGCACUCCUCGUUUUCAGCUUUGGCGAAGAUGGAUCCACGUUUCAUCUUUAAUCACGCCAGGCCCAGGCCCAUCUGUCUUGUUUACUCUGCCGCGGAGAGGACGGGCCUCGGUGGCGACCAUUACCUCGACACCCGGCUAACAAAUGAGGCCCGGCUCCGACGCCGCCGCCUCUGCUGCUGCCGCUGCUGGAAGACAGCCUGGAUUUUCUUUCUUUGUCCCCCAUUCCUGACACCCAGCGAAAGCACCCUGUGACUGCCAGAUAGCGCAGUGUUUUGGCCACGGUAACACGCGCGCACACACACACACACACAUACACACACACACACACACACACACACACCCUCCUCCCCCUCGGUGCCCCUCCAUGGGCACACUGACUGCUCACCCCCUUCCACCAAGGGGUGGGGUGGGGGGCAGCAGCAGGAAGGGGACACGUGGAGGUGGGGGGUGGCCUUGGCACCGCAGGACCAGGCAGGGAAAUUGAGUCCAACAGAAAAGAGACCCGGAGACCCGAGAGGGCCUUCUUCUGGAAGGUCAAGCCAUUCCUGGCAGAGUGAGGGGCCAGCUGAGUUCUGGAAGCUGGGCACAACCCUCUGGCCAAUUGAGUUGUGCAGCCAGGCCUUCUCUCCUCCGCUGCAAAUGAAUGUGAGACUAGCACAGAAAAUGUGGUGGGGCCUCCCGGUCUGGGAGACAUAUUGCAGAGACCUCUCCCAUAGUUUAUCAUUGUUUUGCAUUGAUUAUUAUUAUUAUUAAUUAUUAUUAUUAUUAUUAUUAUUAUUUUAUGUCAUGCGCGUCCUGUCUCCUGUUCUCUCUCUGACAUUCCAAACCAGGUCCCUUCCUAGUUCUGGGGCUGCCUGAGUCUAGAACCCUUCGUUGGCGUGAAAAUUUUGUGUCCUGUACAGAGUGACAAUAGAAAUAAAUGUUUGGUUUCUUGUGACCAGCACGGCGUGUUUUUGUUGAAACCUUGAAGUAAAGAUACAGACGAAUGCCACCCAGCGUAUAUUUUAAGCAUCUCAGUCCAUUCGGCCUCACAUUGUAUGUGGUUGAGGAUUUUUUUUUCGAAGGGUCCAAGGAGAAUUUCUAUCUCAGAGGACUCCAAAUUGUGGUAGCUGGUUUGUUUUCCUUUCGGGGUGGGUGUGUUUUGUUUGGGGCUUUUAAUUUUUUCCCUCCAGUCCAAAAAUGGAUUGAAAGUACUGGGAGGGCCGACUCCAAUCCCUAAUGGGGGGAAAAUGUUUCAUUGUAGGACACGAGAGGCUUAAGUAUGGCAAAGCCUUUCAUAUCGUGAUUUAUUUGUCAUAAGCAAAUAAAAUGCGGUUAAGCUGUCUCUUUCUAGACAGACGGCUCUUUGCUUAUUAAGGUUCGGAGGGAGGAUUUCUGCGAGGCCGGCCUCUUGCCUCCCGCCUAAGAAGCAAAUCUCCGCAGACCGGCUGUUGGGGGAAAAAAGUGUUAGCUGGCUCUCCCGGAUCUGCGAGGGGGAAAAAAUUUGGAACCAUAAAGUUGAAAACUUUUUUCUCUCAGUUUGGAAGAAGCCCUUCGUCAUGAAUGGGAUCCGCAGAAUUCAGGCCAGAGGAGGCGAGAGGCGCAAAGGAGGGGAGAUUUCUCGCCUGCCGCUCGCGCUGGGGCUCGAUGUGAAUAUAUAUUAUGUCUGCCUGUUCUCCCCUCGUCGGUGGCUAAGGUCAGCAGCUCCCAACGGACUCGGGAGGAGGGGGGCAGAAAGGGGAGGGGGGGGGUCCGGCGCCUCACGUGACCCCCGCGGGUGCCAAUGUCCGGUCGUGAGGGUAUCAGGCUCUUGCAAGUUGCCACCCACUGCCCGGGCCUCGCCCAGCGAUGCAGAAAGCCACCUACUACGACAACGCCGCGGCAGCACUCUUCGGAGGCUACUCCUCGUACCCUGGCAGCAAUGGCUUCGGCUACGAAGGUCCCCCCCAACCCCCCUUUCAGGCCGCCACGCACCUGGAGGGCGACUACCAGCGCUCGGCGUGCUCCUUGCAGUCCCUGGGCAACGCCGCCCCGCAUGCCAAGAGCAAGGAGCUCAACGGCAGCUGCAUGAGGCCCGGCCUGGCCCCCGAGCCCCUGCCCGCCCCGCCCGGCUCACCCCCGCCCAGCGCCGCACCUACCAGUACCACUAGCAACAGCAAUAAUGGGGGCGGGCCCAGCAAAACCGGCACCCCCAAGUGCGUUCCUGGCUCCAACUCCACCCUCACCAAACAGAUAUUCCCCUGGAUGAAAGAGUCAAGGCAAACGUCCAAGCUGAAAAACAGCUCCCCCGGCACAGCGGAGGGCUGCGGCGGCGGCGGAGGCGGCGGCAGUGGUGGCGGCGGGGGCGGCGGCGGCGGCGGGGGAGGGGACAAGAGCCCCCCGGGGUCGGCGGCGUCCAAGCGCGCGCGGACGGCGUACACGAGCGCGCAGCUGGUGGAGCUGGAGAAGGAGUUCCACUUCAACCGCUACCUGUGCCGGCCGCGCCGCGUGGAGAUGGCCAACCUGCUGAACCUCAGCGAGCGGCAGAUCAAGAUCUGGUUCCAGAACCGGCGCAUGAAGUACAAGAAGGACCAGAAGGCCAAGGGCCUGGCCUCGUCGUCCGGGGGCCCCUCCCCUGCCGGCAGCCCCCCGCAACCCAUGCAGUCCACGGCCGGCUUCAUGAACGCCUUACACUCCAUGACCCCCAGCUACGAGAGCCCGUCCCCGCCCGCCUUCGGCAAAGCCCACCAGAAUGCCUACGCGCUGCCCUCCAACUACCAGCCCCCUCUCAAAGGCUGCGGCGCCCCGCAGAAGUAUCCCCCGACUCCGGCGGCCGAUUACGAGCCCCACGUCCUCCAAGCCAACGGGGGCGCCUAUGGGACGCCCACCAUGCAGGGCAGCCCCGUGUACGUGGGCGGGGGCGGCUACGCGGAUCCGCUGCCGCCCCCUGCCGGCCCCUCCCUCUACGGCCUCAACCACCUUUCCCACCACCCCUCGGGGAACCUGGACUACAAUGGGGCGCCCCCUAUGGCCCCCAACCAGCACCACGGACCCUGCGAUCCCCACCCUACCUACACAGACCUCUCCUCUCACCAUGCGCCUCCUCCUCAGGGUAGAAUCCAAGAAGCGCCCAAAUUAACACACCUGUGAUCGGAGAGGG